UGCGGUUCCGAACGACUCCGGAUGAUGCUGGGCUACUUUCCGGAGUCGUUUUCUAAAUUAUCGGAGUCGGAUCGGAGUCCACUCCGGAUUUUUGCUAACUUUACCUCUAUCAUUAUUCGGUACAGUAGGUUCAAUAGGUACGGUGGGAACGAUAGGCUCAAUAAAAAUCCUCCAGUACGUUAGCUUCCAUAGGAACAAUAGGAAGGAUCCCAUAAACAAUACCAACAAAUUUGAAAGGUCGUCAUGGAUUGUUUGGAUUUGUUCUUAAGUAUUUCUUAAUUUUAUGAAAUCUUUGUUCAAUGCUGAAGUUGAAAUGUUUCCAAUAACAGUCAGAAGACUAAAUGAUGCCAACAGUUUUGGCACACAGCUGGAUAAAUACAGGAAAGUUUCAAUGAAAGCGAUGUGACGAAUAGCCAAAAGAGUAUUAGCUAUUAAAAUGCAAAACAUAGCAAGUCUACGCUCCGACAUGGAAAGAUACACUGGGUCAGCAUUUCUUGCGCCCGCAGCUGUUACAAUAUUAGGACACAAAGUAUGGGCUUAAUUUUGGAAAUUAUCAAAGUAAACAAAAGUUUCUGUACCCGCUGUGGUGCAAAAGCUGUGAUGUGCUUUAAAUACAACCGAUAUUGACGAGCAGUGCGUUAGAAUUACAGUACCAGUGCCACGAUGAAGGUAGUAGCAAUCUGUGCCGUACUAAUUGUGGAGCUGCUGUUCCAUGGCAGUGUGUUGGCGAACAGUAGUGCCGAAGCGGAAAGUAACACUGACAAUGGAAACGAGCAAUCGUCCCCUAGUGUACGGGAGAUUGUCGACACCAACGCCAACUCAUCCCAUUCUGGGCGCAUUAUCAAUGGAAAGCAGGGAAAUGUCGCAACAUUUCCGUACAUAGUGCGUAUGCGAGUGAAAAACGAAGGUUACUGUGGAGCUACCAUCAUUACGUACUGGCACGUCUUCACUGCUGCUCACUGUGUGUACCACAUUGAGGAUCCGGCCACGAUCACAAUGUACGGUGGCAGUGCGUCGCAAACCAGUGGAGGUGUUGUGUUUUUCCCCUCCAAAAUCGUUAUCCAUCCGCAGUACAAUUCUUCGACACUUGACUACGAUGCAGCAAUUAUUCGAGUGAACAAUACCUUCCAAGGGUACAAGACUAUAGCUCCAAUUGCGCUCCAAGUGUCAGACGUUCCUGUUAAAACUAAGUGCUACGUGAUUGGCUGGGGCUGGACACAGUAUGCUACGAAAGCCACACCGGACAUUAUGCAGUACGCGAUGCUCCAGGUAGUGCCAGUGAAGAAGUGUGCGUCAGCCUAUAUCUACGUGCCGAAAGAUAUUAUCUGUGCUUUCCAAGGAAAUGGAGUGGACAUAUGCCAUGGAGACAGUGGAGGACCGCUCGUUUGUGAGGGCAAACUGGCAGGUGCUACCUCUUUCGUUGGUCCGGGCUGCCAGGGUCAAAUACCGUCCGGGUUUACUAAAAUAAGCGCACCAUCCAUUAGGCAGUUCAUUCGACAACAUGCGGGAAUUUAGCAUUCAACGGCAACAUGAAAAGUUUAGGUACAAUAAAAACGAAA